AUGGCGUCCGGAACGCUCAUUCAUCGUCGCCCAUCGCGCGUCACGCGCGAGAAGCAUCCAACCCCAAAGCAGCGUACAGAAGACAGUGGUCCUCGUGAGCGGUCUGUCAGCGACUUCAGCGCUGAGAAGUUCUCCUUCGAUAAGGAUCACAUCAAGAACUGGACGAUUCCUGUGCCGCUGCUCGUCAAGUUGCCCCCAGAGAUCCAGAAGCCAGCAAAAGACUGGCAGUACGCCGGUGCCUCAUUGUGCACCGCUCUUGACCGUAUCAAGGCCCUGGAUGACGAGAGCUUCCAUCGCGGCUAUCCAGAUGCCGAGUCGUCCAGUCAUCCUCACCUCCUACGCCGCACUUCGACUGUACAGUCGUCCGCCUCCGUGGCGGGUGCGGGCAACGACACUCCUCCAAUGAGCUCGCAUGGAGAGUCGGCUCCCGCCAGCUUCACAGGACUCCCAUCCUCUUUCACCGGCCAGCGGCAGGUCGUGKACAUGGAGAGUCCCCCGUUUACACCAGUCGACAGCCGCACGUGCCCGACGCCGGAGUAUCCAAACGCAAUGGCCAUUCCCAAGGGCUCGAUGCCAGAUGUCUACGCGCUGUCCCGCCAGUUGUCCCCGAUCUCGCUCCGUGGCCGCGUCGACUCGACUGCCUCCACUCAGUACACCACGGUGGUAUUUGACGAGCCUGCCUGGGAUGUCUACGUCAACACCUUCAAGGCGGAGAUGGACGAGGUGCAAGCUCACGCGAUGCCGCGCCUGAAGGGCCUGGGUGGCCAGAUGGAGCGCCUCUGCCUGGAGUAUACGCGCGACGAGAAGUACACGGAGGCCAUCAAGGAGUUCUGCGAAUGGUGGAUCCCGAACAAGGGCAAGGUCGCCAAGGUCGAGGAGAGGGUCCGCAAGAUCGAGCUCCCCAGCAUCGACUACAUGCGCAAGGAGCGCCUGUCGAUGGGUCUACCGAUCUGA